UUGUUACCUAUCCUGCCAUCUACCGAGAUGCGAGGACACUAUCCCGACAUAACCAAAACCCCUUGGCAAUCCAAAUAAAUUCGUUUACGUGUUAUGCUCAUUUUGGAAAAUCAAAUUCUACUGUAAUUUAUCAGAAUGGACCUCAAAAAAGACUUGGACGAGUAUCUCCUACUUCAAAGUGACCAAAAGAAGUCUUUCAAACUCACAAUACCCAACAUACAGAAGCCUCAGUGGUUCAAUCGAGCUCCACAUCAGGAAGAAGAUGAGACUUGGUUCCAGCAGACAAAGAAAGGCUGUUGUGAAGGAUGCUGUCCAACACUGAGUCGGAUGCAGAAAAUUGUUGGAUUUGGUUUCUGCCUUUGCAUGGGAAUUUUAUGUUUUUCACUCUCACUGAUGUAUAUACCAGUAUUAUUAUUCAAAGCUAGGAAAUUUUCGUUGUUAUUCACACUUGGAAGCUUCUUUGUGAUCUUGAGUUUAUCAUUUCUCUGGGGUCCAGUGGCAUAUCUAAAGUACAUGUUUUCACGCGAACGCGUCUUCCUGUCCAUCGCCUACGGCAGUACCCUGUUUGCAACCCUCUACUGUGCAAUGCACCUGCAGAGCACACCGCUGACAGUGCUUUUUGCUGUCGGUCAAGUGAUUUCACUGCUGUGGACCGUCAUAGCAAACAUUCCCGGCGGCACAACUGGCCUGUCGUUCUUCGGCAAGCUGUUUAGUCGGUCGGUUAGUCAAACUCUGCCUAUUUAAUAUACAAAUUACGUACUUUUGUACAGAUUUGACGAUCGUAACUUUUAAAUUAUUGUAUGUAUACAUACCUGUACAUUAUAUACAACAUUCUA